AAACCCUCACCCUCAAGCUUCCCAUGGAAAAGCCACAAAACACUCUCCUUGUCCUUCCAAUGGCAACCAUUCAAUCUGCACACUGCAACAUUUCCUUCAUUAACUAUCUGCAGUCCCUCUCUCAGACCCCUCAUAGACUUAGGAAGAGAAUGCUAGCAAUAUGGACCCCAGACCAAGAGCUCAACCAAAUAAGACUAAGGUCUGGUGCUGAUAUGAAGAGGAAACUCAAGUGGUAUGAUCUGGUAGCUCUUGGUGUUGGUGGAAUGCUUGGUGUUGGUGUUUUUGUCACCACUGGCCUUGUCGCGCAGAAAUUCUCUGGUCCUUCAGUCUUCAUAUCUUAUGUUAUUGCUGGAGUAUCAGCCCUUCUUUCCUCUUUGUGUUACACUGAGUUUUCUGUCCAGAUUCCUGUUGCCGGUGGUGCCUUUAGUUAUCUGAGAGUGACCUUUGGAGAAUUUGUGGGGUAUUUUGCUGGAGCAAACAUAAUUAUGGGGUAUGUGUUAUCAAAUGCUGCUGUGGCUAGAAGCUUUACUGAAUACUUAUGCACUGCCUUUGGAGAUGAAGAUAAAAACUGUUGGAAAAUGAAGGUGGAUGGAUUACUAGAAGGCUACAAUUAUCUGGAUUUGUCAGCUGUCGCGCUCAUCCUUUUUCUAACAAUCUGUUUAUGUCGUAGUACUAAGGAAAGCUCAAUCUUGAACUUUAUUAUGACAGUCUUUCAUGUGGUUUUCUUUGGAUUCAUAAUAUUUGCUGGGUUCUACAAUGGGAGUACCAGUAACUUGGUGAAGCCAGGAGGGCUAAUGCCUAAAGGAAUUAAGGGUGUUGUUGAUGGGGCCGCCCGAGUUUACUUCAGCUAUAUUGGCUUCGACUCGGUUUCAACCAUGGCUGAAGAGAUUCAGAACCCUUCAGUGAGCCUCCCUGUGGGCAUUGUUGGUUCUGUCCUCAUUGUUUCAGCACUUUACUGCCUCAUGGCUUUGUCUUUGUGUGUGAUGGUUCCUUACUAUAAGAUACCAGAACACGCGUCAUAUUCAAGUGUUUUCAAGAAAAUUGAAUGGAAAUGGGCAGGGAAUGUUGUUGGCGCAGGAGCAAGCUUGGGAAUUGUUGCUUCCCUGCUGGUUGCCAUGCUAGGCCAAGCCAGGUACCUUUGUGUUAUAGGAAGGGCCAGGUUGGUUCCAUCCUGGCUAUCCAAGGUUAAUCCUUCCACUGGCACCCCUUUGAAUGCCACUCUAUUCUUGGGGCUUUGCACAGCAUCAAUUGCUCUCUUCACUGACCUUGAGAAAGUAUUUGAAAUGAUCAACCUAGGCACCCUCCUGGUGUUUUAUAUGGUGGCAAAUGCUCUUAUUUACCACAAAUAUGCAAUAAAAAGCAACAAUCCCCCUCCGCACAUUCUGCUCUUCCUCUGCCUUCUCACCUUCAGUGCCGUUGGCUUCUCAAUAUCAUGGAAACUGAAAAACCAAUGGUGGGGUUUACCACUGUUUGGAGGGGUCAUGAUCACAGCCGGCUUCCACUACAUGGUGCCGUGUCGCCUAAGGCAACAGUGGUUGGUGCCAAUGAUGCCAUGGCCAGCAGCCAUAUCCAUUUUCCUCAAUGUCUUUCUCAUGACAACACUAAAGAUUACAUCUUUCAUAAUGUUUGGGAUAUGGGGAUGCUUAAUAACUGUGUUCUACGUGUUGUAUGGAGUUCACUCAACUUAUGAAGCAGAAGAGUUAGAUUUGGGUUCGAGUCAUGAAGUGCCAAACCCAUCGACAACCCAAGAAAGCAAACUAGACAUUGAAGUGGUUUAGCAUAUAAUCAAAGGAAAAUAUUCAACUCCUAUCCUUCUUUCAUUUUGAGCACUUGAUGUAGCUUUUAGGGUUUCCUCCAUUGUCAAUUUUCUGGGGUUCAUAUUAAGCACGAUCUGCUAUGGUUGAACUUUAUUGGUGGCAACCCCCUUUUUUUUUUUCCUUCAUAUCAUCAUCACUUUUAAAUAUGCAAACUUGCAUCAUAUGAAUAGCAUAUUGUACUCUUUUAGAAGUGGGAAAGGAUGAUGAUUGAGAUAUUGUGAUGGGUCACAGCACUCUAGUCUCCUCUUCUUUCUUUUUUUUUUUUUUUUUUUCUUUUUUCUUUUUUCUUUUUUUUUUUUUUUUUUUUUUUUUUUUUUUUUUUUUUUUUUUUUUUUUUUUUUUUUUUUUUGUGAAUAUCACAGUAUUAUAGUGAUGAACACUUGAAGCUCUUCUUAAAAAAAAAAAAAAUUUUGA